AGCGCAUCAGCCCCUCAUUGCCACGUCUCUUCAGGGCGGCAGGAGCUGCAGUCGCCGCCGCCGCCGCUGCUGUCGCGGCGACAACGAGCAAAGGAGGGACAAGAGGAAACGGGGAGCCGGACCGGGACGUUCCGGGACGGGUCCCCUCCGCAGCCUGGCGGGCCCCCGAGAGCGGGCAGGCGGCUGCUGCUGCUGCUGCGGCGGCGGGACCCCCUCAUGGUGCUGCUAGAGAGGCGAGCUGGAAAGUCUUGCGAAUUGUUACCUAGAUCUCAGGGCAAAGGCUGCCAGAGGUGGAAGAGGUGGAUUGGUUCCUGGUCAUGCCCGGUGGAAGGAGGGGACCCAGUCGGCAGCAGCUAAGCCGUUCAGCUUUGCCUUCUCUCCAGACGUUGGUUGGUGGGAACUGUGGCAACGGCACUAGUCUAAGAAACAGGAAUGGUAGUGCUAUCAGCCUCUCUGCUCCUCCAAUUACAGCCUUGAUCACCCCUGAGCCUGUGCGACACUGCCGAAUCCCUGAGCUGCCUGUAGACGGGAACCUUCUGUUUGAGUUCUUCUUUUUCAUCUACCUGCUGGUGGCCCUCUUUAUUCAGUAUAUUAAUAUCUAUAAGACCGUGUGGUGGUACCCAUACAACCACCCUGCCUCCUGUACAUCACUGAACUUUCACCUCAUUGAUUACCAUCUGGCAGCAUUUAUCACAGUGAUGCUGGCGCGGAGGCUGGUAUGGGCCCUCAUCUCUGAGGCCUCUCAGGUGGGAACUACAUCAGUGAUUCACUACACGGCACUGAUUUUGGCACGCCUGGUGCUGCUCACUUUGUGUGGAUGGGUGCUCUGCUGGACACUAGUUAACCUUUUCCGUAGCCAUUCUGUUCUGAAUCUCCUCUUUCUUGGCUACCCGUUUGGUGUCUAUGUCCCACUGUGCUGCUUCCACCAAGACAGCAGAACACAGCCUCUUCCCACAGACUGUGGCUAUUUGGUGCAGGAUCAGCUGGUAGAUUCUGGUGCCACGGGGGUUGGCAGCCUCGUCAAGCCCAAAGACUUCCUCUCUCUCCUGAGAGAGUCCCUGAAAGAACAGUUCAACAACCCCGUGCCCAUCCCCACACACAGCUGCCCCUUGUCUCCAGACCUCAUUCGCAACGAGGUGGAAUGCCUGAAAGCAGACUUCAACCGCAGAAUCAAGGAGGUUCUAUUCAACUCCCUCUUCAGUGCCUAUUAUGUGGCAUUCCUGCCACUGUGCUUUGUGAAGAGCACACAGUACUAUGACAUGCGCUGGUCCUGUGAACACCUCAUCAUGGUGUGGAUCAACGCCUUUGUCAUGCUCACCACCCAGCUGCUUCCUCCCAAGUAUUGUGACUUGCUGCACAGAUCAGCUGCCCACCUGGGCAAGUGGCAGAAGCUGGAACAUGGUUCAUACAGCAAUGCCCCCCAGCACAUCUGGUCUGAGAGCACAAUAUGGCCACAGGGAGUGCUAGUGCGACACAGUCGAUGCCUAUACAAAGCAGUCGGGCCUUAUAACGUAGCAGUGCCUUCAGAUGUGUCCCAUGCCCGCUUUUAUGUAAGUACCUUCCUCUUUCACCGUCCAUUACGGCUUCUCAACCUGCUGAUUCUCAUUGAAGGCAGCGUGGUCUGCUAUCAGCUCUACUCCCUGUUGCGGUCAGAGAAGUGGAACCAUACCCUUUCCAUGGCCCUGAUCCUCUUCUGCAAUUACUAUGUCUUAUUUAAACUCCUGCGGGACCGUAUAGUGUUGGGCAGGGCAUACUCGUAUCCUCUGAACAGCUACGGAUUAAAAGCCCAUUAAUCACCUGAAGAAGGGAAGGAUAUUUUCAUACAGUUCUAUUUUUUCCUUGCAACUGUUUAUAAAUAUUUAAAAAAUAUUUUAUAUUUUGUAUACUGCUGGUUUUUUUUUGUGGGUUAAGGAAGGGCCAAGUGGCAAUUAAAUGUCGCGAUAUAAACAAGGUGUUAUUUUAUAUAAAGCAAUCAUUGUGUAUAUACUGUAUUAUCAACAUACAUCUAUGAAGCAA